CGGCAGGAGGCGAGCGCGGCGGCGCUGCGGGAGCUGAGCGCGCGGCGUGCGCGCAUCGCGGAGGUGCGCGCGGCGCGGCACCACCUCGACCGCCGCAGGGAGCUGCUGGAGGCGGAGAGGAAGCGGAAAUUAACCGAAGCACGAACACGAAGGAAGCCACAGGACGACGACGGGGACACGUUCAUGGAGCCCCCGGAGGAGUCCGCCGACGUGCCGGGGAUGAACCGCUCACACUCCUCGCCCAAUAUACCUAAGCAGGCGUCCGAGGAGGAAGAGGAGGAGGUGCCGGCGCCGGCGUUCGACCGCAGCACGAAGCCGCACAAGGUGGCGCCCUCCAGCGACAUGCAGCACAGGGACUUCCAGCCCGUGUGGGGCGGCGUCGGUCGCGGCCUCACGGGUCUGAAGAACUUGGGCAACACAUGUUAUAUGAACUCCAUCAUCCAGUGUCUCAACAACACCGCGAUACUCGUCACUUACUUCUGUAACGGACAGUACCUUGAACAUGUCAAUAGGUCGCACAGCACACGCGGUGCGAUCGCGGAGGAACUGGCGGCGGUGGUGCGAGCGCUGUGGUCCGGACAGUACCGUUUCAUCGCUACAAAGGACCUUAGGAAUGAGGUGGGUAAACACCAGCGCGCGUUCCGCGGCGGCGAGCAACAGGACUCCCACGAGUUCCUCACCAUCCUCAUGGAUUGGCUGCACCUUGAUCUGCAGUUCGCCAUCAAACCGCCGCAAAAGGAGGGGCUGCCGGCGGCGGAGCGCGCGUGGCACGAGUACACGCGCUGCAAGGAGAGCCUCGUGCUGCGGCUGUUCUACGGACAGAUCCGCUCCACGGUGCGCUGCGUGCGCUGCGCGGAGCGCUCCGCCACGUACGACUCCUUCUCCAACCUCUCGCUGGAGCUGCCCGCCGCCGCCGCGCGCUGCACGCUGCAGGACUGCUUAAACCUUUACCUCAAAGACGAGACGAUACCCGGCUGGAACUGCCCCAAAUGCAAGGAGAAACGAGACGCGGUGAAGAAGCUGGACAUCUCCCGGCUGCCCCCGGUCCUGGUGAUCCAUUUCAAGCGGUUCUACGUGGACCCCAAGGAGUAUAUGAGCAACACGUACCGCAAGAAGCAGACCUACAUCGACUUCCCGCUGGAGGAGCUGGACAUGAGCCAGUUCUCGCUGCACUGCCCCGGCAACCCCAUGUACAACCUCUACGCCGUCUCCAACCACUACGGCUCCAUGGAGGGCGGCCACUACACCGCCUACUGCAAGAGCAGCGUCUACGGGAAAUGGUAUAAAUACGACGACCACGUGGUGACGGAGAUCCCCGCCAGCGAGGUGAAGUCCAGCGCCGCCUACAUACUGUUCUACACGUCCUGUGCGCGCUCGUGAUGCCCCGCCCACACGUGUACGCCACGCAUGCGUAUGCCACGCCCCCAAGUGUACGCCACGCACGCAUAUGCCACGCCUCCAAGCGUACGCCACGCAUGCGUAUGCCACGCCCCCAAGCAUACGCUACACUCCCGCGCGUAUGCCACGUCGCCACGCGUAUGCCACGCUCGACAAGUAUGUACGUCACGCCGACGAGUCUACCCGGACACAUUUUAUUUCGCCACUUAGCGUUAAACAAUCAUCUCUGAGUACAGAAUUGUUUUGCGAUCUUAAAUUUCUUGAAUGAAAUAUUGCAAUCAGUGUCAUUAAAAAAAAUAAUACGCUUUCGUAUAUUACCACGACUUGAGCUUGUGUCUAGUAGCGAUGUUCAUAGUAAUUCAUGUAAACCUAAUUCGUUGUGAUUAUUAAACCUAACUUAGGUCUAAGGUUACAGUUAAGGUUUGUUAUAAAUUUUGCCACAGGUUUCCAUUGACGAGAUGACGAUAAUUUAGGAAAAACCUUUGAAUUCCAACCGUAGAAUCCCACGGUUACAACUGUAUAUUUAAAAUAUUAUUUGUAAAAUUCUAUAAAACCACUAUAAACGGUAAAUUAUUUACUAUAGUCUUGAUUAUUAUGAUGUAAUAAACUUUCUACCUUUUUGCUAUAUUUCAAGAAUAAAUAUUAAAUGUAAAAAGAAACAAUUCCCCCCCCAUAUAUACAGAAUAUUUAAUUUUUUCAUAUAAUUAUUUUUUAUAUGUUUUUGCUUUAAGGCUAUAUACCUUGUAUUAGCUUUUUGAGACUUUUAAAGCUUCGCUGGCGGUUAAUGAAUUUAUUUUGAAAAGGUAAAUUUAAAUGUUUGUUUUAAAUUGUUUUAACAAAGAAACCUGUUGUACAAUACCUGAAAAUAUAGAGCUGUACAAAAAUGCUUUUGUUAAACAACUAUUGUAACUUAAUUAAUGUAUGCAUUACCGAAAUAUAGUACAGUUAGCUGCAUAAAUAAUACAUUUGCUAAACUUUGGACACUUGUAUACAUCUAUGGAAUUAGUUCAUACAAGUUUGACAUCUAUCUUGACGUUGGCAAAAUCAUCGACAUAACGAUGUCCACUAUUAUUUAAAAGAAGAAGAAGUAAAUGAAAGUCGAUUUUUACUGAAACUUUUAGAUUUUGAAUUAUAAAGUUUUUUUUUUUAAUGUCAAUAGAUUUUUGUUAAUCUACUAAUAUUUCCUUUAACCAUUCCAACUAAGCUCUAGGCUUGAGCUAGGAUGUGGUAAAAUAACAACACUGAUGAAAUUGUAUCCUCAAGGCUUUUGGAUGGCUAUUACUUACCAUAUUUUUGUGUUUCAUAUACCUAGUCCGAUCCCAUAUUUAUAUUCUUCGGUUUCAAAAUAACUUAACACAUAUCAGUUUGUUUCUGACAGUUACGUAAAUUUUACUAAUAUUAUAAAUGCGAAAGUUUAGAUGGAUGGAUGUUUGUUUAGAGU